UUAGCCCACGGAUUUUUUGGCAUCUUUCCGUGUUUAUUUUCAAUAGUUUUUGGAGUUUUUCAACAUUAUCCGCGAUGAGCAACGCAGAGACAACUACGGAUUUGCUUUCUACAGAAACCAUUCUAAAAGCGGCGGACGAGGAAGUGGAGAAGGCUUCAGCGUCCAGCAGUAGUACGUUAUUGGCCGAAAAGGAUGUCCCGGAGGUCAAGGAGCGGCCCAUAACGCCGGAAGACGAGCUCAUCUCCAUGGAAACUCUGCGACCCUCACCUGUCCAAUGGCCAGAGCGUUUUCCCGGAAUGGACGAGUUCCUCUCCAUGAGCGACACGCCGAUGUACACGCGCAGCACCAACUACACCAGCAAUCUGACCGAUGAUGAUAUGGUUAAGAUUAAUGAACUAGCCCAGCUCCCUCCCGAGGAUCUGAUCGAUAAAAUAAAGUCAAUGCAUGAUGAAAUUUACCAGCUGGGACUGCGUGAGGCAAUGGAGAUGACUCGUGGGAAACUGCUGGGCAUCUUUGACCGGGAUCGCGCUCCUAAGCGGCAGCCAUGAGGCUGGAUGAUCCGAUCCCUAAGAAUGGGACUGUCGAGGAUCUCGUUGAAUUCGCAUUAGGAACAUAGGUGUAGUUUCAUAGUGUACAUAGUGCUAUUUUUAUAGUGAGUAAUGCGUGUUGUGAAUGAUUUAUCGCUAUUUUACAAAGAUAAAUAGGCAGGCGUUUGAACAGUAACUAACGUUUAUUUCCAUUAAAGCAUUUUGGGUCCUACACGUCGCUUGUAUUACAGAUACAUUUGAGGAGUCGGAGGAGAGAUGAAGUUGACGGAUUGGAGGGAAAGGAAUGCAGAAGGAUCUGGAGUUUUUGGAGAAGGCACAGUAGAUUUCGCUAUGCAGGGACAUUAACGCAACAAAUAACUCUGUCUAUGUGGGAUUGGAUGGAUCGGUUGCGCUCUAGUGCGUCCUAUUAAUACUUAACUAAAUGCUUUCGUUCGGAUUUAUGCAGUAGCCUUCCCCACGAUCCAUCCCAAUUUGGGAAAGUGUGUUGGUGCUGAUGGUGUGCUUACAUGCUGUUUCCCGUGAAUAUAUAUCCAGUAACGUGCAUCAAUUCCCAUUACUCCUGCCACUGCAUUCCGAAUCGCUGCUCAAAGGUGAUCCGGUUAAAGACGCCCGCAUCGGCCAGCUGCAAGGGAUCGGUGUAGUACGCAAAACGCCGUAUAUCCAGCAUGGCCAGGUCGAACAUUUGCUUCCAGCUGGUCAAAUCUGUAACGCUCAUGUGGAUCGGCAGCUGGGGAUCCGGUAUAUCGAUGGCCGCCUGCAGACGGUCAAACGCCUCGGCAAUUGGUCCCACCGAUAGAUUAACCCAGUACUCC